UUUAGCCAGUAGCUUUGUGCAAGCGGUAGCAUUCACAUCGCGGUAAGGAAUCCGGGAAAACUUGUCUAUCGGUUGGAUACUUGGUGAAAAAUUUGGACAUGUGUUGAAGUUUGGAGGUUUGAAAAAAAAUUGUUUAUAAGUGAUGAAAUUUGCCAAACUUGUUUAGAAGUUUUUAACGUUCAAAAGAGUGAUCUUUGAUUGAGAAAGUUUGUCAUAAGUGAUAAAUAAACCAUAGGAAAACCCUAUCAAAUAUCGUUCUAAGAUUUAUGAAUUGUUAUAUUAUAUUCGUGUGAUUCAGUGUAAUGCCAACAUACAAUUACCGAUUAUUCAAAGGUGUCAACAAUUAGUGCUAAUGGAAAAGUUCUUUCAAAGUGCGUGGUACGAAAUAUGCAACUGGAAGUGAUUUCAUGAGGAAAACAAGAGAAAAGUUAGAUUAAUUUGUUAACUUCUGUGCUUACUUCGUGUCGUCUGUGUGUGAUAUUUGCUGUUGAGCAUUUAUGGGAUGAUAGCUGCUGCGUUCAGUGGUUUCUAGUGUUUCUUUAUGUUGCUGGUAUUGAAAAAGUUAUGGAUGCUGUUUGUAGAAGCGGCGAGUGUGUAGCUGUUGGUCGUUGACAUCCUGUGGAGAUUUAGAUAGAAGAAACAUCUUCUAAGUACUGUGACCCAUCACAACGGUUAGCGAUUAGACACACUGUUGGUGAAAUCAAUCGGAUCCAAAGUACAACACACGGUGAAGCUAAAUAUCACUGGUACCAGGAUAGUGUCACAUGUUCUCAAUAUCCGGAGCGUACCAAUCGACCCAAUGGAAAGGGUUGCUAGCGGACAAUUAUAAGUGAUUGACGGGAGGAAGCACUGUUUCCGUUCUGCAGGAGUUAGGCAAUAUUGCUGCGUGAAAAUCUAGUAAAGUGGGUUAAUGUUUAUAACGAAGUUGUGUCGCGUCAGUUAUAGAGCGGGAAGUGAAAUUUAGUCGAGUGUGGAAAGGUGUGGGUGGCACUCAAGUUGUUCAGAAGGCGUGAAUUGUUGAGUUGAAGGUGUCGCCAGAAUGAUGUCGCAGCACUUGAACUCAAUGCUCGAGCAUCUGAAAAUGGGCUCUUUGAUAAACAAGAACCGAAAUAAUAAUAGCAACAACAGCACGGUCGGAAACGGAAGCGUCGGGGAUCACAUCGGGAAUGGAUUCAAUAACAAUAACAACGGAACGAUAGGCACCAACAAUAAUAAUAACAACAGCGUGACGGGUGUGAAACCAUCGGAUAACAACGAACCACUAGUUGACGGGGUCACAUUGUUCCACGAGCACCGCUCGGAAGGGGUUAAAACAACGAUGAUUGGUUCAAAAGCUGCCGUCAUCGAUCAAGUGGCCAAUAAUCUGCAGAGUAAAUCUAAUAACAUCAUACCGUCAUCAGACGGUGGUGGCCAUGGGGUAGGUGUUCUCGGUUCGUCAGCCAAGUAUGACCCCAGCCGCAAGCGCUGCAGUAUCUCGGUGCAUAGUCAGCAGCAGCAAAGUCAACACCAGUCCAGCGGGGCAUUAUGUCCUGGGAGUGGUGGAGGACUGGUGGCAAACAGCUCCAAUGGUGAUGCUAUCCGCCCCGGUGGAUAUCGGGAACUAUCGCCCCAAUCGCUGCGAAUACAUCGGAAAUCCUCGCAUGAUAUUCGCAUCCUGGGUGCCGAUGGGGAAAUGCUGCUGCAUGGGCACGACGGGAAGAUGUUAAACGUUGUGAAGCCCAUGAAGCUCAAAAGCAUCAGCACCAAGGCGGAGUCGUACGACACGCUGCAUGGCAGAGCCGCUGAUGUGUUACACUGUUCCAGAGAAGUUUGCACGGGAAGCAUAAUGACGCCAAGCGUUGUUGGAACCGAAUGUCGGAAGCCAGACAUUGUGUUGCAGCACGCAAAAGAUUUCCUGGACCAGUACUAUUCUUCAAUCCGAAGAUUGAAAUCGCCCGCCCACGACGCUCGCUGGCAGCAGGUUCAGAAGGAGAUAGAAUCGUCUGGUUCGUACAACCUGACCGAAACCGAGCUAACCUACGGCGCUAAGCUGGCCUGGCGUAACUCGUCGCGGUGCAUCGGAAGGAUACAGUGGUCCAAGCUGCAGGUUUUCGACUGUCGGUACGUAACCACCACCAGUGGAAUGUUUGAAGCAAUUUGCAAUCAUAUCAAGUAUGCCACCAACAAGGGAAACCUCAGAUCGGCGAUAACGAUAUUCCCGCAGCGUACGGACGGAAAGCAUGACUACCGCAUUUGGAACGCCCAACUCAUCUCCUAUGCCGGCUAUAAGGGCCAAGACGGUACAAUCAUCGGAGAUCCGAUGAAUGUGGAGUUCACUGAUUUCUGCACUAAAUUAGGCUGGAAAAGCAAAGGAACCGAGUGGGACAUUUUGCCGCUGGUGGUUUCCGCAAACGGCCACGAUCCGGAUUAUUUCGAUUAUCCACCGGAGCUCAUCCUGGAGGUUUCAUUCAGUCAUCCUCAGUACAAGUGGUUCGCCGAAAUGGGUCUCAGAUGGUAUGCCGUCCCGGCAGUGUCGGGAAUGCUGUUCGAUUGUGGCGGAAUUCAGUUCACGGCGACCGCAUUCAGCGGAUGGUACAUGUCAACGGAAAUUGGCUGUCGCAACCUAUGCGACACCAACCGGAGAAACUUAUUGGAGCCAAUCGCAGUGAAAAUGGGUCUCGACACGCGAAAUCCAACAUCGCUGUGGAAGGACAAAGCGCUGGUGGAGAUAAACAUCGCCGUCCUGCAUUCCUUCCAGAGCCGUAACAUUACCAUCGUGGACCACCACACGGCCAGCGAAAGUUUCAUGAAGCACUACGAGAACGAAACCAAAUUGAGGAAUGGCUGUCCGGCUGAUUGGGUCUGGAUUGUACCACCGAUGUCCGCAUCCGCGACUCCGGUUUACCACCAGGAGAUGGCACUCUACUAUCUGCGACCGUCGUUCGAAUAUCAGGAAACUGCUAUGAAAACCCACAUUUGGAAAAAGGGACGAGAUUCUUCCAAAAAUAAGAAACCGAGAAGAAAAUUCAACUUCAAACAAAUCGCAAGGGCCGUCAAAUUUACAUCUAAAUUAUUCGGACGCGCAUUAUCUCGGCGGAUUAAGGCGACGGUUCUCUACGCUACCGAAACGGGACGCUCCGAGCAAUAUGCAAAGCAACUGGUGGAACUGCUCGGACAUGCAUUCAACGCACAGAUUUACUGCAUGUCGGACUACGAUAUCUCAUCGAUAGAGCACGAAGCCCUGCUGCUAGUGGUGGCUUCUACUUUCGGCAACGGAGACCCUCCGGAGAACGGCGAGGGAUUUAAAGAGCAUUUGAUUGAGUUGCAAAAGAAAAUGCUUUUCGCCCAGGAUUUGUACGCGAUGAAGCUACACGAGGGAGGCCACAAUCAGGCCCACAGCGAGCUGAGUAUCGCAGCGUCCUCCAAGUCCUUCAUAAAGGCCAACUCGAGGAGUGAUAUGAACAAACAUACCUACGCCAAUCGGAAGAUUGACCGAUUGGAUUCGCUCAGAGGCUCAACCACGGACACACUUUCGGAGGAGACUUUCGGUCCGCUUUCCAACGUGCGGUUUGCGGUCUUCGCCCUGGGCUCUUCGGCUUAUCCCAAUUUUUGCGCCUACGGAAAGUAUAUCGAUAAUAUCCUGGGCGAACUGGGGGGGGAACGGUUGACGAAACUGGCCAGUGGUGAUGAAAUCUGCGGACAGGAACAAGCCUUCAGAAAGUGGGCGCCAGAGGUUUUCAAGAUUGCCUGCGAAACAUUCUGUCUGGAUCCGGAGGAAACCCUUUCGGAAGCGGCCUUUUCACUGCAAAGCGAACUUUCGGAAAACACCGUUCGAUUCGCACCUGUUAGCGAGUACGAGCCGCUGGAUAAAUCCCUUUCGAAGUUCCACAACAAAAAAGCGACAGGAUGUACACUGAAACGGAAGGCGGUUAAUCUCCACGAAGGGUCCAAUGGAAGCGAGCGGUCCACAAUUCUGGUGGAAAUCAUUGCCGAAGGGAUGGCAUACGAACCGGGCGACCACGUGGGAAUUUUCCCUGCAAACAGAGCUGAAAUUGUGGAUGGAAUAAUUCAACGAUUGUCCGGUGUUAACAAUGCUGAUGAAGUCCUGCAACUGCAGGUUCUCAAAGAAAAACAAACCCAAAAUGGCGUGCAUAAAUCUUGGGAACAGCACGAACGGCUUCCAAUAUGUUCGCUCCGAACUCUGCUGACCCGGUUCCUGGACAUAACCACUCCUCCCACGAGACAGCUGUUGACCUUCUUGGCCUCUUGCUGUGAGGAUAAGGAGGAUGAAGAAAGGCUGCUAAUGUUAGCUAAUGAAUCAUCUGUGUACGAGGACUGGCGCUACUGGAGACUUCCCCACCUGUUGGAAGUCCUCGAGGAAUUCCCCUCCUGCAAGCCCCCCGCAACAGUCCUGGUGGCACAGCUGAGCGCUCUCCAGCCCCGGUUCUAUUCGAUUUCGUCCUCGCCAAGAAAGUACUCCAACGAGAUUCAUCUUACGGUUGCCAUCGUCACGUACAGAGCGGAAGAUGGCGAGGGUGCGGAGCACUAUGGUGUUUGCUCGAAUUACUUGGCCAACUUAAACGGAGGGGAUGAGCUGUUUCUAUUCGUGCGAAGCGCCUCAUCCUUCCACAUGUCAAAGGAUCCGAGCAAACCGGUGAUACUCAUUGGGCCUGGGACCGGAAUAGCACCGUUCCGAUCGUUCUGGCAGGAAUGGGACACACUGAAAACGGAAUUCCCCGAUGUUAAGAUUCCAAAAGUAUGGCUUUUCUUCGGUUGCCGCACCAAGAAGGUCGAUUUAUAUCGGGAUGAGAAAGAGAAGAUGGUGCAGAAAGGUGUCCUGGAUCAUGUAUUUUUGGCGCUCUCUCGAGAGGAAAACAUACCAAAGACAUACGUACAAGAUUUAGCCCUCAAGGAGCGGGACUCCAUCUUCGAUCUGAUAUGGAACGAGAAGGCACAUAUAUACGUGUGUGGAGACGUUACGAUGGCUGAGCACGUGUACCAAACGCUGAGGAAAAUUCUCGCCACCAAACUGACGAAAACCGAGUCGGAAAUGGAGAAGUACAUGCUGUCACUGAGGGACGAGAACCGGUACCACGAGGACAUCUUUGGUAUCACCCUGCGCACGGCGGAAGUGCACAAUAAGUCACGUGCCACCGCCCGGAUCCGGAUGGCGUCGCAACCUUCGUAAUUGCUGCUACUGCAUAAUUCUGCAUUCCAAUCAAUCUCAGCAACGGCGGCGGCGGCGAUAAACUAAUAAAACAGAACCAACAGAACACCCCCCCCCCUGUAUCUCUGUGUCUUUCUCUCCUUAUAAACGUGACGCGAUUGUAUUACUCUGGUCCAACAGCAAUAUUGAAAGCAAAAACAAACGAAUGUUUUUUUCUAUAAAUAAAUAAUAGAAAAAAGAAGUCAACAAAAAUAUUAGCAGCAAUCCGACGCACAUCAGCAUGAAAGAAUGGCUAAUCGAACGAAGAUAGAGAAGAAUAAUAUGAUUUUUCGAAUGUGCAUCAAUCCUAUUUGUGAUCAUUAGUAAAAUAUCAAUUCAGAGUAUAGAAGCUAAGACCACGUUACGAAAACCAAAGUUUAUUUAUGUUAUGAACAAACCGCAUUUUGAGAGCACCGAGGGGACUUCAAUCAACCGUUUGUGGUUGAGAAGAAUUAUUAUUAAUCGAUUUUAGGCACUCUCUCAAUCUGCGCACUAAUUCAUAUCCAAGAAGUGAAACAUGUUGGGAAUUCCCUAAGCAAAGCAUCUACACGCUGUCCAACUUCUAUAAGACCAGGUGAUGAUCUUGCUGCUUAGUGUCAUUGUGAACAAACAAUGCUUCGAUUUAUAUUCUAGUGUGUAGGUAUUGGUGACUACCAAACACUGCAUGAUGUUCAUAUGUGUGUGUACAAGCGCUGAGCGUGAACGAAUGUUUUCGCAUUUUCAACUGUCAAGUUUCCAUAAGACCAGUUACAUUUUCCGUUGUUUUAGUUGUUUUGAUCAAUUAAAUCUGGAAAAUGCCGACGGGAAAAGUCCUCACGAAGUGAGAAAAAAGACAAAUCGAUGCAUUUCACCAAGAAAAUGUUGAUAUCAGAGAAAUUUCUCGUCGGAUUGGAUGAUCCAACCAAGUAGUGCUCAAUUAUUUGGCGAAUCCUCAAUGAUACGGUAAGAAGAAGAGAGCUCCACGUAAAUCGAAGCUCUCUGAAAGUGAUAAGCGGGAAAUAGCUAGAACAGGUUCGAACACCUCACAAUCGCAUGUGCAAAUGGAGCAAUACUUCAACUGCUCAACUGCUCGAGUGACAAUUCAUCAAAUUUUAGUAAAAAAUCCUCACAUAAAGAGGGCUUAAAAGGUUAAAACUCCUCAUCUUACACCAUCUCACCUCGGAAGACCUCUGAGUUUUGCCAAAGCUCACAUGAACUGACAGUGGGACAUGGUAUGUUGUGACAAAAAAUGUUUCCAAAGGAAUACAUUUUGCUAUAUACCAUAACGAAGAGUUCUUCAAUGUAUAGGUUAUCUUCACUGACGAAAACAAUUUCAAUUUGGAUGGUCCUGAUGGUUUCGCAGGGGAAUGGUGUAAUUUACGGAAGAAGGAACAGUAUUUUUCAACCAGGAAUUUUGGUGGAGGCUCGUGCAUGGUUUGGGCGGGACUCUGUGCAACUGGAAAGCUCAAAAUAGCUUCCUCAUCAAUCAAGGAUUACACACAUGUUCUGGAAUCCUCUCUCCGUUUCUGUGUGGAUAUCGUCACAAAAAAUUCACAUUCCAGCAAAACAAUGCUACUAUCUGUUACGAUCGAGGGUUUACUUAGCUAGUUCGGAUCACUACACGAAACGUGUCUUGCUGGUUAGGAUAGUAACUUCACACUCGGCUUUAUUUCAUAUUCGUUUCUCUACAAACCUUGAGUGAGCUGAGAGGUAUCUCACAUGCUCCUCUCAUCUCCCCUUUUUAGUAUUGUUUUAUAAUUCAAUUCAGUUGUUUAAUUGCUAUUCGUGUUUUACUUAACUAUGCUUUUUUUUUCUUAGAUAAAUAUUUCAAAUUAAAAGUUCUAUACUUUGUAUUCCUAACCCUAUUUGAACGACGUAAGCUUUGCUGUUGCGUUUGUUUGAAUUUUUUUCCUAUUCUCAAAGUUUUCUUACUUUUACUUGGAUCUGAAGUCAAUGCAAAGUUGUCAGUUUUUGCCGAGGAAUUAUCUGAAGAAUUUUUUAAAAUAAAUGGUUUUUGAGAAAUCCGCUUCAGUUGGUUUUUGUGUGCGGUUCGUGUAUCAUUAUUUACGUUGAUUAGAUACGUAUGAUGAGAUAUUUUUUUCAAUACUAUGGCUUCGCUACUGAAGGCUCGUCCAUUUGCCUUGUAAGUAUAAAUUACUUUUUCGCUGAUUUGAAAGUCUUUUAUAUUGACUUUAGAAUUACUAGCCUGACUGAACAAUUUUUUACUUGGUUUCAUGGUAGAUAGUUCUGUUCGAGAAGAAAAAGAGAAUAUGCGUUCAUUGGGGAUUAUUUUGUCUUCUGUGGUAGGUGUUUGUCGAUGAUGAUGCAAGAAUUUGUUUACUUCAUUGUCUAUCUGUAAUUGUGAAAAAAAAAUCGCUCUCGAUUAGUUUAUUCAACACAGCCUUUGUGGUUUGCACCGCUCUUUCUGCCAGCCCAUUGCUUGCAGGGUGGUAGGGUGGAGAAAGAACGUGUUCAAUGUUUCGUGAUUCACAAUACUUUCUGAAAUGGAAACUAUUGAAUGGAGGCCCGUUGUCGCUUACCAACACCGCGGCAAACCCAAAUACAGCGAAAAUAUUAUCGAGUUCUCGUGCAACAUUUUCUGCAUUAGUUUUACUCAUUUUGUGUACUUCGAUCCACCUAGAGUAGGUAUCGACUAGUAUAAGAAAUGAACGAUUGAACUUAUGAAAGAAAUCUAUAUGCACCCUUUCGAAUGGCUUCAUUGCUGCUGGCCAGUUUCCAUAAACCCUAGGACGUCUGUCAAUUCCUAACAUUUGACAUUUUUUACACGAAUUAACGUAAUUUUCAAUGUCGUUAUUGAAACCGUCCCAAUACAAAAAUCUCCUGGCGAUUUGUUGAUGAAUUCCUCUAUGGUUCGAAUGUAAUAAUUGAAGUGAAAGCAAUUUCAAGGUGUGUGGUAUGACUAUCCUGUCUCCAAAAUGUAAGCAUCCUGACUCAGCAUUUAGUUCGUAUCUUUUCGAAUAAUAAUUUUUGACAUUUUCAUCAUUAACGUGACUAGGCCAGCCGUUUUGUACAUAGUUCAACACCGCUGAUAUUAAAGGAUCGUUCGCUGAUUCCGAACUUAUAAUUUUCGCGUUUAAAUUAACGGUUCGAUCAUCAACUAAAUAGUUCAGUCCGUGAAAGCAGCUUUCUUGAUUUUCCAGUAAAUCCGCCUCGCUUAAACCUUGGGUCAAAGGCAAUCUUGAUAAACAAUCCGCUACGCAGUUUUCUUUACCAGCCGUAUGCGUGAUAUUGAAAUCAAAAAUAGAUAGUCUCAAAAGAUACCUUUGUAAUCUAGUAGCAAUUACGGCGGGUCCACCCUUUUUCUUGUUAAAGAUUCCCAAUAAAGGUUUGUGAUCGGUAACAAUCGUAACUUUUUGACCCAUAACAUACUUAUAGAAUUUUUCCAUUGCGAAGACUACAGCUAAUGCUUCCCGAUGUAAUAUUGGAUAUUUUUGUACGGUUUAAGUAAGACGACGAGAAACGAAAAAUACUGGCAUUUCUUUGUUAUUUACUGUAUGGCUAAGAACACCUGAAAUGCCAUCGUCACUUGCAUCGCAGGUCACUGUGAUGGACUUAGAGGGGUCAAAAUGUGUGAGAAUCUUUGCGCUGCAAAUCGCUUUUUUAAUGCUCUCGAAAGCUUUGUUGCAGUUUGAAUCCCAAGUCCAUUUGCUGUCUUUUGUCAGCAAAUUGUAAAGUGGUGAUGAAACUAAACAAAGCUUCGGAACGAAUUUUGUGUAAAAUGAUAUCAUACCGAGAAAUGCUUUGAGCUGUGUUCUGGAUUUUGGCACUGGCACGGCCGUUAUCGCUUUCACUUUUUCCGGAUUUGGCGAUACUCCUGCCUCCGAGAGAAUGUGACCCAAAUAUUUCACACGGGAAACAAACCACUCACACUUCUCGGCAUUAAUUUUUACGUUAUGAUUUGCGAGUUUUCUCAACACUAUUCUGAUCGUAUUUAGGAGUUCAUCAUCUGACUCUGCCCAAAUGAGGAUGUCAUCGAUGUAUGCCUGAACAUUCGGUAUGCCUUCUAAUAUCCUGUCCAUGACCGACUGGAAUAUGGUGGCCGCUGGUUUGACACCAAACGGUAAUCUUUUGUAAGCAAACAAACCUUUGUGUGUAUUUAUCACUAGAAGCUUUUUAGUAUUUUCGGAUACUAUCAACUGUUGGUACGCUCCCUUAAGAUCAAUAGGAGCAAACUAUUUUGCUCUGCUCUUGUUGGUUAUAAGCUCUUCAAUUAUUGGGAGAGGGUAAUGAUGUGUAAUAAUGUGUGGGUUGACUGUUUUAGAGCCAUCCAUGCAAAUUCUAAUAUAUUUUGACGUAGGACUACGUCUUUCAUUUCUAUACCGGGGUGUAAAAUCAAAGUUUCGAAAACGAAAGCGUUACGCCGGAGACCGAGAUUUUGAGCGUUAAUAGCUCCUAAACAACUAAACGAAAUGGUAUGAUAAACACUUCAUUCGAAAGAUUUUUUUUUUUUUAAUAAAUGAUGAUGGUCCCACCUCUUUCCCCUACAUAGGUUUGAGCUGGACGAGUUAUCUUGUGGAUAAUUAUAUGGAGGAGUUUCUUUGUAAUAUCAAAUCAACCAGUAAGCUAGUUAAAAACAAAAAACGGUCCGGUUGUACCACUGGCAUAGAAUGUUUAUCAAAAGAACAAGUAAGGGCAUUAUCUAAACGCUAAAUAUUCCAUGGCAUGUCAAGAGAAUUUCCAAUCCGGGAAGACACUUGACCGAUCGGGAAUCGAACCCAAUGCCUAUAUCAGAAUUAGCCAUGAAUUUACAAGGGAUUUCCCGCUUUACUAGAUUCCCGAGAACGAUCUACUAAUGCGAUCGCUUUCGAGUCCAGACAGCUGAGCAACCCCGAGCCUAAUUCUAGCCGACACUUCAGGCCCAGUAACUCUCCCAAGGCAUGUCAAGAGAAUUUCCAACCCGGGAAGACCCUUGACCGAUCAGGAAUUGAACCUAAUACCUAUGUCAGUACCAGCCUUGAAUUUACAAAGGAAAUCCCGCUUUACUGGAUACCCGACAACGAUCUGUUAAUCGUUUUCGAGACCAGACAGCUGAGCAAACCUAAGCCUAAUUCCAGCCGAUACUUCAGGCCCUUCAUUCAACCUGGGGUAUAAUCGCGUCAAUCUGAAUCUGCAAUGAGAUCUGCCACAACACAGAAAGAUCUCGUCAAUCAUCUGUCAAAAGGAUAAAUUUACAAGUAUUCCGGUUGAGCUAUCCCUAGCUUCUUUUCAGUUUCCACUUUCAAUCCCUUGGAAUGGAUCGAUCUUAUUAAACAAAACAAAAACAAAGAAAAAAAUCACUUUUGCCAAUGUUCAAUUUCAAAUUUUACUAUGCCGGUUCACGCGCGCGAUGCUCAAACUCUUGUAGACUUCACAAUUAUUUUUAAACUAAUCUAAUAACUAAAAUUAUUAAAAAUUGAAGAAAAAAAAAAAUAAUAAAAACAACAUACCAUCAUCAUCAUAGUCUAAAGAUAAAAAAAACACACACACAUGCACCUACACCUAAAACAGUACUCUAUUCAUUAUGUAAUAAUGAUGACGGUCCCACUUUAUUUUCCUACAACGAUUUGAGCUGGACGAAUUUUCUUUGAUAACUAUAUAUAUAUAUAUAUAUAUAUAUGGAUUUCUUUUAUAAGACAAACAAAACCAGUAUAUUAGUUAAGAGCAUAUACAUAGAUUGUCACUCGAAAGAGCAAGUAAAGGCAUUAUAUGAACGCUAGAUAUUCCAAGGCAUGUCAAGAGAAUUUCCAAUCCGGGAAGACCCUUGACCGAUCAGGAAUCGAACCUAAUACCUAUAUCCAUACCAGCUUUGAAUUUACAAAGGAAAUCCCGCUUUACUGGAUACCCGACAACGAUCUGUUAAUCGUUUUCGAGACCAGACAGCUGAGCAAACCUAAGCCUAAUUCCAGCCGAUACUUCAGGCCCUUCGUUCAAAUUGGGGUAUAAUCGCUUCAAUCAGAAUCUGCAAUGAGAUCUGCCCCAACACAGAAAGAUCUCGUCAAUCAUCUGUAAAAAAAGAAAAAUUUACAAGAAUUCCGGUUGAGCUAUCCCUAGCUUGUUCGCAAUUUCCACUUUCAAUCCCUUAGAAUAUGAUUUUCUUAAAAACAGAAUAAUUUUUUUAGCCAAUGCUCAAUGUUAAGCUUCUCUAUGCCGUUUCACGUGCACGAUGCUCAAACUGUUGUAGACUACUCGAAAUGUAUAAAAAGAAAAAAUUAAUUAAUUAAAAACGAGUACAAACAAAUAAAAUACCACCAUCAUCAUAGUCUAAUGAUAAAAAAGACAAAAGCACAACAAAAAAAAAAAAAAUUAAUCCGUUAUAGCUUCGUCAUCUUACAUACUAACAUUGAUUACACACCAGGUCAAAAAUUUAAAUCAUGUUUCAAAAACUCUUUACAAAUACUACGAAACAUUCGAAGGCUUGUUGCUGUCUUUGCCUCAUUGGGUAAGGUAUUAUACAGUCGAUAUCCCUUAUAAAAAAUUGAAUUUUGGGUACACGACAUUCGGAAGUUCAUGGUUCUGAGGUCGCUUGCUUGUCUUGUAUUAUAUCGAUGCAUGUCUCUUCCAUACAUUAUAGUGUUUCGUAGGUAAUUCGGCGUCAUAUUAUUAGUCAUUUUGUAUAUAAACGUGAGCGUGCAAUAUUUAAUACGCUGACUGACUGACAUCCAUUGUAGGCAUUCUAGCAUGAAUCUCCGCGGAGUUCGUCGAUCACAUCUCAAUAUCAGGCGCAUAGCCUUGUUUUGCAACAUUUGCAUUCUUUGCAUCUGUCUCUUAUUUGCAAGAAAUAGUACAGAUGCACAAUAAUCAAAAUGUGGAGCGAUCAGCGCUUUGUAGAUCGUUAUUUUGCUUUCAAAAGUCAAGAAACGAUUUAUUCUACAAAGCACUCCAUAUUUUUGAGCUGCCUUCUUUAUAGUAUAAUUAAUGUUCUCUUCAAAAAGCAGCGUUUCGUCUAGAAUAACGCCAAGAUAUUUGAUUGAUGAUACUCUUUCUACGGGUUGCCCAUCUAUACUUAUACUUAGAUUGCCACUAUCAAGACUGCGUGUCGACACUACCAUGUAUUUCGUUUUACUUAUAUUUAAUUUCAAUUUUUUCCAUUUUAACCAGUCAUCUAAGUUUUGUAGUUCAAGAUUCAUUUUUCUGUAACAGUCUUGCAAUGUAUCUGCCACAACAAAUAUAGCUGUGUCGUCAGCGAACAAAUUCACGUCGCUGUCAUUUAACACCUGUUUGAUGUCAUUGAUAUAAAGCAAGAAAAGUAACGGCCCCAGAACACUUCCUUGAGGCACACCCAGAUUCACUGAUCCCGCCGAUGAUUUACUGUCCCUAUAAAUAGUGAUUUGUGUUCGCCCGCAUAAGUAGCUUUCAAACCACGUCAAUACAGGUCCAGUUACAUCAUAACUGGAAAGUAGUUUUAUCAAUUUACACCGGUCUACUGUCUCGAAGGCCCUUUUCAAAUCAAUAAAUACCGUCAAAAUAACUUUCUUCUCCUCUAUAGCCUGUUUCCAUUUUAGAAGCAACAAAUUAAGAGCCGUUUCACAAGAGUGGUUUUUCCUAAAUCCAGACUGUUCAUCUACCAGUAUUUCAUUUUCCGUUAUAUGUUGCAGAAGUUGAUCUUUGACAACGAUUUCUAGGAUUUUUUCGUACAUUGGUAAUAUAUUAACUGGUCUACGGUCUUCUGGUUUGGUCGAUUUCGGAUUUUUUGGAAUCGGUAUGACAACGGAUUUCUUCCAACUAUGUGGGCAUUCACCUCGAAUCAUCGACUCAUUUACUAUAUAUAGUAGAUUCUCUUUGAUUAAAUCAAAUGCAUCUACUAAUACCGUUUUAUUGAUAUCGUCAACACCCGCACAGUUUCUUAAAUCCAUCACAACCUUCCUCAGUGUUUCCAUACUGAUGGUUCUAAAGCAUCUCCAUUGUGAAGACAAACUAGGAAAAGCAAGAUUUAGUCGAUUUGUAGGAGGCACAAUACCAUUGUGGAUUUCCUCCACACUUGACGUGAAAAAUUUGUUCAAUUUUUCAGCUGUUAUGAAAUUACAUUCUGUAUUACCGUCAAAUUCAAUGUCGAUAUCUUUACUUCCGCAUGGAUUACACAAAUCUUUUAUUUUUUUCCACAGCUUCUUUGGAUCAUGUUGAACUGCCAUUAAUUCACUUUGAAUUAAUUUAUUUUUGGAAUUCUUUAGUUCACGUACAUAAAUAUUUCUCCAUACUUUGUACAUGUCCCAAUAUUUAAUACUGUUUGUACGUUUAGCUAUUAUUAGGUAACGAUCCCGUUUUCUUCUGAUGGAAGCUAGCGUAGUGGUAUACCAAGCUUUGUCUCCGCUCUGUCUUUGUGCUGGAAUGCCCGAUCCUCUAGGGGUCAAUAUCUUUUUCAUUGAAGAGCAAAGUGCUUCCUCAAGAUUUUUUGCAACAUCAUGAAGAGAGGAGUGUUCUCCAAUCGGCAUUAUUUUGUUCUGUAAAACAGAUUCCAAUUUGCGUUUCGAAUAAUUGUUCCAGCACUUAUAUAACUUGUCCUUUAUUUCGAUAAACUCAACAUCAGAGAAGUUAUAGAUCAUACCAAUUGUUUCAUGAUCCGAGAUUUUGCUGUCAUGAAGAAUCUCCAUAACACCAUCGUCAAAAUUAGUAAAAACUAAAUCAAUAGUCGUCGAAGUUGUCCUUGUUAUUCUGGUGUGAUCAUUAAUUCUCUGUUUGAAUCCAGCGGCUUGUGUGAUUGCUUUCAAUUCAUGAGAUUUCUUACGUUCGGCCCAAUCAAUAUUAAAAUCACCAGUAAUGAUUAUUCUCUUUUGUUCAUGAAUUUGAAUGUGUUGCAGCCACAAAUCUUCCAGAAAUUCUAAAAAGUCCCUAUCGCUACUACUAGGCGAAUGGUAUAUGCCAGCGUAUAUCCCAGCCAUUUUGCAUCCUCUGACUUCUACAGCUAGAAACCAAUUGUCCCCGUAUGUAUCAUUAUAGAUUUCUUUAAAUUUCAUAAGGUUCGAAAUGUACAUAGAUACACCUCCAGUAUGUACAGAUCUCGACAAGCAAUUUACCAUUGAAUACCCAGCUACAUUGAAUCCAUUUAGAUCGGUUGAAACCGUCAAGUGUGUUUCAACCAAUAUUAGUAUUUUCGGUUUUUUGUUGGAUACCAAGAUUUCAAUUUCGUCGAAAUGUGUGCGUAAUCCUGCCACAUUCAGGUAAAGUAUAUCAUAUGCUCCUUUCUUGGAUGGCUAGAUGGAGAAAUCCACCUGCCCCUUUUUCCUUUCGUAGUUGCGAAGGAACAUAGGGCAGUUAGUACUCCAAGCAAAAUGUUUUGUAUCUAUGUCUAAUCUUCGCUCAUUUUUAAUUUUGGUGCAAUUGGAACAUUGAAUUUCUUCGGAUUUACAAUCUUUGAAUUGAUGAUUUUUACCGCAUUUUGGGCAUACACUAAGCUCUGAUUUGCAAUCGACAAUUUUAUGGCCAUAUUCGCAACACUUGAAACAUCUAAGAACCAUCAACCCAUCAACUACCCGACAUUUUUCGAAACCACAAAAUACUGACUUGGCUUCCAUAAUUUUAUUAUAUGUAUCGCCAUCGACUUCUAUAAUUGCACUGUAUUUGUUGUAUUUCAUAGCGUUGUUACUGUAAAUUUUUCUCACUUGAAAAUGCUUAUUUUUAUGCAACAAAGGGUUUUGCUUCAUCAACGUUAUUUUUAAAUCAUUUUCAUUUAAUUCCUCGCUAAAUCCGAUUAUUUUAAUGGUCGGUUUUAGUGCUUCUGGUAUUUUAACCUCGUAGUCCUGACCCAAUUUUUUUUCAAAAUUAUCCUUCAAUAACUCUAUUGAGUUUUUAUCCAUAGCAGAGACAACAACAGCGCCAUUUUUCCCGUUUCGCAGGCCAUUUAUAUUUAAUCCCUUGGGAUUAACAUUUUCUUUCAAAGCUUGUCUUGUAACAUCUGACUCUUGCGUUGUUUUUGGCUUAAUGAUUAAAACUUUUUCCCUGGUCAAAAUUUUGUUUUUUGUACUAGUUUUUUUAUCAGCUACACUCUCAUUUGUUGUUUUCCUAGCAUCUUUCAAAACCGCAGCAAAACUCAAUGGAGUUGUAUUUUCAUUUUGAUUUGCUGGCUCGUCACGUCGGCGCUUUUUCGAAUUUGAACGCAGAUUGUACCGCUGAGGUGUUUCCUCUGCAUCUGCGUUAAUAUCAAUAUUGUUUUUUAAUAGAUUACCAAUUUCCGUCCGUACUGCCUCUUUGACUUUGAGCUCAAAGUUGUUGGCCAAGUCAACUAAACCUUUCAGCUCAUUUAUAUUACUCAAAAUUUUACUGACGGAGUCAUCAUAGUGAUUAUUUCCGAAACCAUUUUCAUGUAACAAGAGACAAGUAUCACAAACAAAAACGGCAUUUUUUAUUUUUCUCAAAACAUCGAUAUUUUCCCGCACCGCGCUUGGUAAGCAUACAACAUGUAUUGUUUCAUGACACUUACCGUAGCACUCUAUCGCUUCUGUGUUCGGAUCUUCUAUCUUCUCACAGCAGCGGCUACACAUAUCAACCAGACCCAUAUCAAUACAUUCAAUUGUAUCUGCGUGUGCACCGGCCAUCGGCCGGGCCGUGCGAGGCAAAUGAAGAUAAAAAAAAACAACAACACAAGCGCGUGCUGGUAGAAAGUGCUGGGAGAACACACUAUGUAUCAGCAGCAAAUUAAAUCAAGAGUGAGGUAUUCAAGCUGCUUUCAACACUACCACUACUACAGUGAUAAGUGUUGUGAUUUUCUUGAAUACCAAUUAACACAUCAAUUUGAUCGCAAAUUACAAGUACAAAAUAAACAUCCAAACUUAUCCUUCUUGCGCCGAACACAUAGAUGUAAUCCACUAGUGCUAACCACUGCGAUAAAAAUCAAGUAACAACACUUUGUUUGCACAAAUUUUACCACUGAUUUCGCACAAGUGAAAACAACAACCUACUCUUUCUAAGGCGUAGAAUGAUAGCCUAUGAUAUAAGAUGUCUACGCGUUAUAUACUUGUUACUUUUUCAUCCAAAAACUUGUUUCAAUAGCCUUAAAAUUGCUUACAAAACAGGCUAUUGAAAUCACCAAUCGGUAUAUAAGCGAGCGCCGCUCGUAAACCCACUCAGUUAUAAUUGAACAGCGAUUGGAUCAUGUUGUCGCUGUUGUGAUGAAGCUAACUUCGUUUAUCAUGAAAGCGCUGAUGAACGAUGUCACCAAGAGCCUGUUUGUGCACCUUAAGCCAGAAGGAAAUCCAUCAGGAGGAGAAUGAUGCCACGGUUCCGCUUGAGACAUCGGAGCAGCCGCCACACACACAUACACGCGCGGAACCCUCGUUGCUAUCAUCGUUGCUGAAAUAUAAUCUACCAGUUCCCCUGGGAAUUGAAAAAUACAUUCAUGCGAAAGAGUUUAUUUUAAUGUUUUCUAUCCAUACAACACUGCAACCAAAUACAUUUGAUUUUGUGAUUUUUCAAUCAAUCGGAAUUAACAGGAAAGCUUCUGAAAAUUAUUCUUCCCCAUCAGUAGAAAAUUUUCGUAUCCAAUAUUGUAUGCGCGCGCAACGGAAAAUGUUUCGUAUCGGGAAAAUUAUAUAAUUUUCAAUAGAUUACUCAGUCGCUGAAUGUUUCAAACUCAGAGAGUUUAUUCCCCUCUAGUUUGCCUUCUAAAUUACCAUCGUAAACCACACCUUCUCUCGAUUCAAUCACGUACAAAAAGCAUACUUAAGCGAUAUUCUGGUGGUGAAACGCAUUCAUUUUUCGUGAGGACAUCGACAAGACAACAUCGUUACUGAACGACCUGAACGAGCUAGACGAGCUGGACGACCUGGCCUGACUUGACCUGAAACGCAUUCAUUCAUUCCCUUGGAAUUGAAAAUCACAUUCAAGCGAAAAAGUUUAUUAUGUUUUCUAUCCAUAUAAUACUGCGACCAAAUACAUUUGGUUUUGUGAAUUUUCAACGUAAGACCACGUCAUUCGGCAAUUUAUUAGAGGUGCAAUGAAUCCUAAGAAGGAAUUCCAGUUCUACGCGCACUGGCAAACGAUGUUUGCUCAACAAUUUCUCAAACGAGAAAUGGGUGUUGUGAGAAAGGAUGAGCGAACGCAAAAAAUAUGCAGACUGAUUUGAUGCAACAGUUAUUUUGUCUAUUGGAAAUUGAAUACAAAUCAUAUCACAAUACAAGCAAUGUAGUAUGUAUUAUACAACUUUCGUGUGAUUGCUUUUUUUGCUGAAUAUUGUGCCUUCAAGGUAACGCUCUCGUUUUCUAAGUCCCCCAGAUAUUCAUUUAUUCAUUCAAUCAGAAUUGAUUCAGAAGCAACUAAAAACAGAUGAUCACUAAAUCAAAGAUAGUCAUACGUCACCCUUACGGUUAUACCACAGAUAUAACCCACUUCCUGUUUUUUGUUUGGUUUCACUACCACUACAAUUGGUGAUGCCCAUUCAGCAUAUUCUACUUUUUCAAGAAUGCCCUUGCCCACAAGGUCUUCUAAAUGUUUUGAUACCAUUUCUCGGUGUUUAAAGGCAACUGUGUAUGGUUUAUGAACAAAAGGCUUAGCCUGGUCAUCUAUUUUGAUAUCUACGGUUACAUUUUUGAUUGGUUCCGUUAAAUCGUCAUCAAAAGCUGCGGGGAAUUCUCGUUGCAGCCUUUUGGUAGUAUUUUGAACCCAAAGCUUUUUCUCGGUUUCUCGGAGAGAGUGGAGAUUAAAUGUAUUUCUCCAGUGUGGCCAUAUGACAUUAAGCCAAUCGCGGCCUAAUAAAGGUACAAAGUCUUUAGGAGACUGGAUUACUAAUAGGAAGAGAGCGGCGAUUCUCCCUUUCAGUUGCACUUCUACUUUUAUUUUACCCAACACUUUAACAGUGUCUCCUGAUAUAACAAAAAAGUUUCUUUUAUCAGGUAAUAAAGCACACAUACUAAAUUUGCCUUUAUAUGUAGUUGAUGAGCAGAUUGUUGCGCAAGCUCCCGUAUCGCACUCCAUCAAUAGUUAUUUAUUGUUAACCAAUAAUUCCACAAAGGCUGGUGUUACACUAUUCGACUCACCUAACAUGACGUUCUUUACCCAGUCCGAUGAUUUCUGUUCGAUGUCUUGUUCUUCCGCCGAUUCUCCCACGGAAGAACCGGUAUCCUCUUCCAUGCUCAUCUUGAGAUCUUCCAUGGCUGCUGAAAGUUGAUUGAUCCUCUCUUCGUAUGCUCUUUUUCGCUGAAAAUUUCCCUUAGGAGGUUGUAUUCCGUGUCGCGAUCUUUUCGCCUUAGGCAGCGUUCAAUGGUACGACAAGUGUCCUUUGUUGUAGCAAUUGUAGCACACACUAUCACUGUUGAUCUUGCUGUUACUGCGAUGACUUGAGAUGUCUCUGUGCACAUCAUCACCACAUGAUUUUCCAAACAGUUUUCCGGGUUUGAGCGGCCCUCUGCUACUAGCCACUCUACCGGUAUUUCCGACAUAGUUUAUCUUAUUGGCUUCAUGCUUCGCCAUUUUUCGAGCUUCGGAAGCGGCUAUUUCGAUAGUUUUGGCUUUCUCCAAUAAUUGACUGAGAUUGGAUUUGUAAUCGGCAUCGCGUAUCAUCGACUCUCGUGUCUUAUCGUUUCUUAUACCAGCCACAAAAACUGACUGUACCAAAGUUGCUUCUGUUUCUACACUCACGUUACAGUGCUCAACGAUGUUCUGUAGAUCGAUCGCGAAAUCGUCCAAUGAUUCACCUUCUUCUUGACGACGGAUUAUCAAACGAUUCCGUUCGGCGAAAACGUUUUUAUUUUCGUCGUGCAACGUUUUGAACUUUUCCACUAUUUGACUAUAAGUUUUGUUAACGAUCUUAUCCGGUUUAAAACUACCGAUGAUCCGGUUUGCGGUUGCUUGACCCACGCUUGUUAUAAAUUCCAAUGCUUUUUCGUCAUCGGGGGUCUUAUUUUGCGCGAAAUAAAUCUCCACAGUUUGGAGAUACGAGUUGACAUUGAAUCCAGGUACAAAUAAAGGAAACUUUCCUUUGGUUCUUCUAUCCAUUGUGAUAACCUUAUUGUCUUCUUCUACAAUAGGUGUAGUCAUAUUACAGCACUUUACACCUUUUUGACCCGAGACCGCUUAAAUCAAUAACGAAUCGUGCAAACGAAUAGUAAUGAUAAAAUCUCACUUAAUGUCGUACUACACGCAAUUCCGCGCUGAUCCCAUCCUCGUCACCAGAAUUGUUACGAUCGAGGGUUUACUUAGCUAGUUCGGAUCACUACACGAAACGUGUCCUGCUGGUUAGGAUAGUAACUUCACACUCGGCUUUAUUUCAUAUUCGUUUCUCUACAAACCUUGAGUGAGCUGAGAGGUAUCUCACAUGCUCCUCUCACUAUCAAUACCAGCAAGUAAACUAAGCAAUGGAUUAAGGACCAAAAACCUAUUUUUUUGGACUGGCUGACUCCAGACUUGAAUCCUGUUGAAAAUCUUAGCGAGGAUCCUUGUACGCAGAAUCUACACUGAGGGAACACGGUACACCAAGAUUGAAGAACUCAAGGUCGCAAUUUCGGAUAAAUGGAAAAAUAUCGCGAAAUUCGUUCAGCAGGAUAUAGUUAAUAGUAUUCCAACACAAAUUUUCAAGCUUAUUAAUGGAAAUGGCAAGGUUACCAAUCAUUGACAUAUAAAUCAGUCUAUCGCUUUGAAUUUUUCAUUGAUAAUACUUAUCAAUUUUGAAGUGGUCUUAUAGAAACUGGACAGCUGAAAUUAUCAUAUUUAAGCACAAUUAAUAAACCAACAAAUCUUUUGAACGGAAUUGACGUUAAAUAUACUUUAUUCUACGCAGUGUACAAUGUAUGAAUGUAUCUUGUUGAAAUUCUAACUGUUUGUGUUGCAACGAAAUAGAAUCAGGGUGGUCUUAUAGAAGUUGGACAGAGCAUAUGAUCACGUUUUCCUUCGGAAAUUACUUGAAGUCAUUCGUUUCUAAUCUUUCCAAAAAUAUUAAGUGUGGAUAUCGAAUAACGACACUGGCGAUGUAAAACAUUUUAUUUCAAUUUCACACGUACAGUGCUGGACAGAACAUUAUCAACUAAUCACCACAGAUUUGCCAGCUCAGAGAAAUAUCCGUAACUCUACUUUUUUGUCUGCAGUAAAACGAAUCCAUAAACAUAUUCGACGGAAUUUAGAAAGAUAUGUAUGGAUUCUUUUAAUAGCAGAUUAUUCGCUAUAAGUUUUUAUUUUAUUGAGGCAUAAUUUCGUUUAUAUAGAAAUUAGAACUAACAACCUUGGAUUUCUCUACCAGAACACCCAAAUUUUAUACUUCAUGAUCUUCAAUGUCGACUGUUUCAGGUUCUUCUCUCGAUUGAUAGGAAUGAUAAUGUUGACUCAGCUUCGCUGAUAUGAAAUGAUAUUCAGAUUUGGUUGCACUGACGAACUAGUCUAUCUCGUCCCAGGAACACAUUCUCAAUCCUUGCUCCCACAUACCGGUUUCGCAUCGCAUCAAUCAUCAUCACCGUGUUGCCUUCUCGGAUUUCUCGAGCUUCAUUAAAUCACUAUACUUGUCUCCUGAUGACCCGCAAAUUAGAGAUGGGCGAGCGCUCACGAGCCGCUCAUUUAAGCCGGUUCGUCAGGAAGAGCGUACGACCCACGGUUCAUUAAAAAUGAGCCGCGGCUCUCGAAUGAACGGCUCUCAAAUGAACGGCUCUUAAAUGAGCCGUGGGUCUUUUGUGAACCGUGGGACUUUUGUGAGCCGUGGGUCUUUUGUGAACCGUGGUUCAUUUAAGAGCCGUUCAUUCGAGAACCACGGUUCAAAAAAGAACCGCGGUUCAUAAAAGAACCGUGUUUCUUUUAAGAGCCGGCUUUUUGGUGAUGAACCUUGGAUCGUAUGCUCGUUCUGACGAACCGUGGCCUGCGGCGGUGCGGAAGAAAUAUAUGUUUCCCAUGCUGCUUUUUAAGAGAUUUUAUUUGGCUGCUUGUAUGUUUGUAAAUGUUGGCGGAUUACAUAUUUUCUUGAAACCCCAUAAAUAUGGGUAUCAAAUGAAAGGGCUUGAUUAGUAGAACACAGUUAUUUAUGAAAAAUGGAAAUCCAAAAUGGCCGCCAUCACAAAAUAGCGAAAUAUGUAUUUUUUUCGAAACCCCAUCAAUAUGGGUAUCUAAUGAAAGGACUUGACUAGUAGGAUACAGUUAUUUAUGUAAAAUGGAAAUCCAAGAUGGCGGCAGUUACAAAAUGGCAGACUACAAAUUAUGUCAAAACCCCAUCAAUAUGGGUAUCAAAUGAAAGGACUUGACUAGUAGAACACAGUUAUUUAUGAAAAAUGGAAAUCCAAAAUGGCCGUCAUCACAAAAUAGCGAAAUUUGUAUUUUUUUCGAAACCCCAUCAAUAUGGGUAUCAAAUGAAAGGGCUUGACUAGUAUAUUUAUGUAACAUGGAAGUCCAAGACGGCAUCGGAUUAUGGUUUCAUCAUAUACUCCACGAUUUUAUUUGAGUCUCAUUCAUGUUCUAUAUAAGGGAUUCUCAGACUAUUUUGAGCAAGAGACCCCUUUAUAGAAUGAAGUGAUAUCAUCGACCUCUAUAGCCAAAUUUCUCUAAAAAUUUUAUCUUUUUCUUGUUCAUACAAAAUACUUGUAGGCAUAAAAUUCAGUAAAAAUCAAGUGUAAUUAAUAAUUAUUAAUACAAAUUACAACAUUAAUAUUUCUACUAAAAUAUUUGUCAUUAUUAUAACAGGUUGGUUCAUGUAACAUUCUACCCUAAGGGGUCAAUAUCGAUCUCUUCUAGAUUAACCCUUUCACCUACAAAAUCGAAUUUUACUCGUGGUGUACUUGCAUAUCAUAGGGCGCUAGUACGCUCAGAAAAGUAGUGAAAUUAUUCGAUGUGGACCCAUCGAAUUGUUUGCAUUUGGUCCAUUAUUUUGGAAAUUAAAUCAUAGGCCAUGGGGUUCAUGAAGGAAGAGGUUACUUGUCUAAUAAUUUCUAAGCUUUCAGUACAUCAUUUGUUUGUUUUUAUGUUGAAUCACAAUGAAACCGUUUAACCCAAGUUUGUUCUACUUAUUUUUCAAUAAUAUGUUUGCUACAAGAGCUCAUUUGUUACAACGUCUUUGUUAGCCAGCUAACGACCAGCUGUUCGAAAAAUCUAACAGCAACAUUAAUAAUGUUUCAUGUCUUUGGGAAGCAAUCAUAUUAUAAAGUUUUUGCACCAAAUGAUAGCUUAAUUUCUUAGCUACCAAAUACCAUCAAUUUAAUUUCGAAUAACUUUAUUGGGCAAUAAAUUCGAUUUCAAGCAAUGAAGUACGGAAGAAGUUUCAAUUUCAAUAAAAGAAACCUAAUAAAAUGCAAAAAUACCACAGCACUUCGAUGAAAAAAACAUACAUUGUGAUGUAGGACAAAACCAUUCGAUUAAACCUCCUAUAGAAAAAAUUGGUGGAAAAAUAAAAAGCAGGCUAUGUGACAUACAGUUACUCAAGAUGAUCUGCAAGGAAUUUCACCCCUUCUCGAUAGUUGAAGACGUGGAAUUUAAAGAAAAUUGUUGAAAUGUUGAAUCCGUCAUAUCAACUUCCCAGCAGAAAAACGCUCACGACUAGCCUAUUACCGGCUGUUUAUAAUGAUGUCCUUUCUUCAGUUCAAAAACAAUUACUCGAUGCUUCAGUCUCAGCAGUUUGUCUUACUUGUGAUGGUUGGACCAGCAUCAAUAACACAAGCUUUUAUGCGUUGACUGCUCAUUUUAUUGACGAAAAUACGAAAUUGAAAACUUUUUUAUUAGAGUGCUCGAAAUUUCCCGCAGACAUACAGCGGAAAACAUUUCCAUAUGGAUUUUCGCUGUCUUGACACGGUUUUCUAUAAACACGCAAAUAACAGCACUAGUAACCGAUGACGCAGCAAAUAUGAAGUUAGCUGCCACACUUCUUAAAAUGCGUCAUUUGAGAUGUUUCGCCCAUUCGCUCAACUUAGUUGUCCAAACAGCCAUUUCAACAUCGUCUUUCAUUGAUGUCGUCGAUUAAUGCAGAGCAAUUGUGCAAUAUUUCAAGCAAAGUACCAAUGCUCUGAACAAGCUCCAUGAAAUGCAGCAGACAUUGAAUGAGCCUAAACUAAAGUUGAAAAAAGACGUUUCAACUCGUUGGAACUCGACAUAUGAUAUGUUGGAUCGAAUGUUGCUCAACAAACAAGCGGUUGUAUCUACUUUGGCACUUUUGGAGUCUCGCCUAUCUUUGGAGUCUCAGGACUGAGUUGCCAUAGAGCACGCAGUCAAAAUUCUCAAAGUGUUCAACGAUGUAACGAUUGAAAUAUCCGGGGAGAAAACUGUGUCGUUAUCGAAAACUGCUUUGCUCUCCCGACUGAUGAUUCGUCAUGUUCAACAUUAUAUGGAGCAAGAGAAAUCAGUUCCCGUGAUUAUAAAAAAGCUGUGUAAUGAAUUGAUUUCGGAGCUGGUAAAACGAUUUGCAGAUCUUGAGUCAGACGAAUUGGUAGCCCAAUCAAUACUGCUACAUCCGCGCUUCAAGCAGCAAGGUUUUGGGGAUAAUAUAAAGUACAACAAUGCAUACCAGUCGUUGAUAAGGACGCUAAAAAUGACAUCCAUAGAAUACACGCCUGCGGAACCAGCACCAAUCGUUGGUGAUGAAGCGCGGUCAUCUGUAUGGGAGGAGUUUGAUGCAUUGGUUGGCAAUCUUCAAGCUCCACAUGAUCCAGAAGCUGCUGCAAUAGCUGAGUUAGAUAAAUAUUUAGUGGAGUCACAUUUGCUGAGAACAAGCGACCCUUUGCUUUGGUGGGAGGAAAGGAAAUCUAUCUAUCCGCGGCUCUACGAAAUUGCUUUGAAAAUAUUAUGUAUUCCGGCGACUUCAGUACCAUGUGAGCGAAUUUUUUCGAAAGCAGGACAAGUUUGUAGUGAAAGACGUAGUAGACUUACGUCAGGAAACAUUGAAAAAAUAAUGUUCAUAAAUCAAAAUGUUUAAUGAAGAUUUUUUUAAUAGAAAUAUAUAUGAGAAAACCUUUUGUGAAAUAUUAUUUUUUUCUAUUCUCUGCACUAAUUAUUGUUUCAAGCUUAAUUUUUUACGUCCCAUACCCGAAUAAACUGCUUCUUGAAAAGAGCCGCCGAGCCGCUCAAAUGAGCCGGCUCUUUUCAUUGAGCGCACGGCUCUGAGCCGCUCACUGAAAUGAACCAUUUUGCCCAUCUCUACCGCAAAUACUCCUCAAUCUAUCUUCUCCGCAUUGUAUCUAUGCAAGAGUUCAACUGAUCUGAAGAUUACUAUGAAAGCCUACCAGUUUCGAUGGAAGAUGCCCCACACUUGGCGAACUACCAAGAAAGAAGUGGUCCGAGGUUAAUGGUUAAUGAUUCUCGCGUUACAUACGCCCGAGGGCUUCAGAUGAUCAUUGAUUCGACGUUGGAAAGAACUGUCACUCGGCUUUCCGCGUUAGGAUUACGGGGAGCUUCGAUUAUCGUUCAAAUGGCUUAUUUUACAGAAUACUCUACCACCCACAUGGGGAAUCCCUGGAGGUUGAAUUUUCAAUGGGUAUUUGAGUUAAUGAAUGUCGCAGUGGAGAUUUUUUUUUUUAUCCAAAAUAUAUAUUUUUAUUAAGGCUCAUAUGGCGUCAACCUGACGGGGCCGGGAGUUCAAUAUUUCGACAAUGUUUGCCUUAUAACUAUGUUAGUAAUAUGUAACCGAUUACUCGCGGUUGGCUCGAGGUUAGUAUUACAAGUGUUUUCGUAAUUGUGAUGUUGCUGUCUCCAAUGCUCUGUACCUGUGCCCGACACGGGAUACUUCCUUUUGGGAUGCAGCUAACCAUUAAUCAGCAACGCCCCCUAGUCUGUACCCCAUAUCUAGCGUGGUGCGUCUUCUUGACUCGAGGAAUCCAGGAUAGAAUGGUCACUAGCCGGCGCAAACAUCAGCUCGUGUAGAGUUGUCUUGAGCGGUACAACCUUUGGCUCUUGUUGAAUGAUCAGUGGACUGUACAACCUUUGGCCCGUGUAUCUGUAAAGAGUGUGUGUAUGUAUUGCCGCGACUAAGUAAAAGUUUAUAGAUCGGAUAGGAGGGAUAUGAAACGGGGACACAACGAAGGAAACAUCAUUAAACGUUGACAUCGGCGUUUCUGAGGAACAGGUAUAGAUGAAGCAGAAGAUCAGGAUCACGGCUACCUAAGAUAUCCCGGUCGGGGAUAUCCGAUUGUCUGCCUUUUGCUCUCAGUGCUCUAGAGAGCUGAGAGCGAGCAGCAUGGAACCGGAUACACGACCAGACAAUAUGCUCGAUGUCGUGGUAGCCAUCGCCACAAUCACAAAGAUUGUUUGCUGCGAGCCCAAUGCGAUAGAGAUGCGCGUUUAGGUUGUAGUGAUUGGACAUAAGCCGAGAUAUCAUGCGCAUGAAAUCACGACCUACAUUCAAUCCCUUAAACCAAGCUUUCGUCGAAACCUUAGGGAUAAUCGUGUGUAACCAACGACCGAACUCAUCUCCACUCCACAUGCGCUGCCAACUAACGAGUGUGUCCUGACGAGGAAUGUGAAAAAAUUAAUUAUAGGCAAUUUGCCUUUCAAAAAGUGUGCCUUCUGAAGCGCCCACCUUAGCUAGCGAGUCCGCUUUCACAUUCCCCAGAAUCGAGCAAUGUGAGGGAACCCAUGCUAAGGUAAUCUUGAAUAAGUUUUCGACCAAAACACUCAAUAGAUGUCUUAUUCUUGUUAGGAAAUAAGAUGAGCGUUUACCAACUUUCAUUGCUGGAGGCGAUCUGGCGUAGUGGUAACAUCCAUGCCUCUCACGCUAAAGGUCACGAGUUCAAUUCUCACUCCCGACAUUCUUCCAAAAAUGGAAGUUAAGUGACGAACCAACCAAAUGUGUUGAAAGUCACUAUAAUACAGAUAAAAAAAAAAAAAAAAAAAAAACUUUCAUUGAACGAAUUGCCUCUAUUGAGAGAGAUGUUAUUUAGUGGAGUUAGUUAGUGGAGAUGUUAUUUCAUAAUUUCUCUCGUGCUGUACGAGGGUACGAGGGAUUCUGGUUAACAUCCAUACCUCUCAAGCUGAAGGUCACGAGUUCAAUUAUCACUCCCGACAUUCGUCCUUCUGAAUGGAAGUAAAACCAUGUUCGAGUGACGAACCAGCCAAUAUCGUUGAAAAUCAUUUUAAUACAAAAAAAAUAUCCUCCAUAUUCUCCAGAUUCGAGUUAGUAUUUGUUCCCCAGUUUGACGUGGGACUACGUCUUUCAUUUCUAAACUGGGGUGUAAGUUAAUAGUUUCGAAAAGGAAAGCGUUACGUCCGAGAACGAGAUUUUGAGCGUUAAUAGCUCCUAAAUAACUGAAUGAAAUGGUAUGAUAAACACUUCAUUCGAAAGAAAAAAUGUCUACGCGUUCUAUGCUUGUUACUUUUUGAUCCAAAAACUUGUUUCAAUAGCCUGAAAAUUGCUUUCAAAACAGGCUUUUGAAAUCACACAAUCGGUAUAAAAGCGAGUGUCACUCGGAAAUCCACUCAGUUACGAUUUCGCAACGAUUGAGGAACGAUCGCUGGAAUGGAUGGAUGUUUCCCUUACACAGUCUUCAAAACCAUGGAGCCUGAGGAAAUCGACAUUGCAAAAUUAAUGCAAGCUGCGGGUACUUUUGUACUCGCUUGCGUUUCUGGAAAUCGGAAUGUUUCUCUAACACAAACUUCAAAACCAGUACUUUUGUACUCGCUUGCAUUUUUGCAAACCGGAAUGUGUUUUCCCAAUACAGAUUCCGAAACCAAGAAGUUGGGAGAAUCGGCAUUGCAGAUACAUUCAAGUCGGCAAUACGUUUAUACCCCCAAACAUUUUUACACUCCAGAAUUCGUUUUGCUAUCAUGGUCUACAAAAGCGGGUACAAAUGCAACACUUUGGCUCGAUUAUUCAAGACUGAAUUGGAAGAUAUCCCUUCAUGUCGCCAGCUCGCUGAACUUUUACGCAUACCGUUUGAUAAUUAGGCAACAUGUUGAUAACUAUUUGCUGCGAUAACGACUACCAUAAUGCACGAAUUGACUUAGACUGAGAUUUGUUUGCAAUUGAAUUCGUAAAUAGUUUCAUUCAUUCACUAUUUUAUUCAAUAUUUUAAUCAAUACACGAAAGAUAGCACUGCGUAGCGGCGAUAUCGUACCCAAUGAGGAUCAUCCGAGGUGGGAUUAUUGCUAAUUGAAGAAAUGCAAUUGAUUACUAAUCCAACGGCAGUCCUACGUCAACCUUGCGGUUGUAUCAUAGGUAUAACCCAUCCAUAGUUUUUUUUAUAACUUUUUUUUUUGUUCAAACGGGGAAGUGAUUGCAGAAUCGAAUGGCUAUUUUUCAAAUUUGUAAAAAUCCUAUUAUUCGGGAGGAUCAACAAACUAGAGCGGCGUUGGACAAAGUGUAUAAGUCUUAAAGGAUACUACGUUGAACAAAAUUCGAGGGGUUGUAUCCGAGACACAACCGAUUAGGACGUAGGACUACGUCUUUCAUUUCUGUACCGGGGUGUAAGUUCAAAGUUUCGAAAACGAAAGAGUGACGCUGGACUGCAAGGUUUUGAACAUUAAUACCUCUUUCCGGCUGAAAGUAGUGGUAUGAUGAUCAUUUCAUUCGAAAGACAAAAUGUCCACGAGUUAUAUGAUUGUUAAUUAUUGACCUGAAAACUUGUUUCAAUAGCUUUAAAAUUGCUUAGAAAACAGGUUAUUGAAACCGUAUAUAAACUCGCAUACGCUCUGGAAAUUCAUUCAGUUGAUGCGGCGAUGUGAGAUGAGGACGGUCGCACUCAGAUGUCUAUGCAAUAUGGUCUUCUUUUCCAAUUUCAUUUCUCUUCUGCAGUUGAACCGAACGGAUGGCUAUAAAACAUGACGCUUCCUUUGCUUUCGUUCAUUUUUUCCUUUACCGUUUCACCGUGAGGACUCGUUUCAUUGGGACCAAGCAGACAGCUCGUAAAUCUACCGGUGGUAAAGCACCACGAAAGCAGCUCGGAAAAGCGCAGGAAGUGUGAAGAAUCCACAUCGCUACCGACCGGGAACCGUCACUUUGCGUGAAAUUCGUCACUGUCAGAAGUUGACCGAAUUGCUGAUCCGCAAGCUACCUUUGCAGCGCUUGGUUCGUGGAAUUGCCCAGGACUUCAACACCGACUUGCGCUUCCAAAGCUCCGCGGUUAUGGCACUGCAGGCGGCCUAUUCCAAGAUACCAAUUUGUGUGUUAUCCAGGCAAAACGCGUCACAUCCUGCCCAAGGACAUCUAGCUGGCCCGUCGUAUCCGAGGAGCGUUCUAUUACCUUAACAUAUAAUCAACGGCCCUUUUCAGGGCACCAAAUUUGAUGGAUUAGAGUUCAGAAAAGUUUUUGCAGGCCGAACUGAAAGAAGCAUUAAGCGAAAACUAUGGUGUCGAUGAUAAUCCGAUACCGAUGAGUGCCAUUGACUAUGGAUUUGAUAAUGACGAAUACGAAAUAUUAUGAUAAUAUCCACUAUUCACCAUAUCGAAGAAAUCACUUUGAUAAAAGCUGCGUUAUAAAAUUAUUUGUGUACGAAUGCCGCAAUCGAUAGUCGAUUCUAAUUUGCUAAUUUGCGAUGGGUAUUCCCUCUCGAUUCCUCCGUUGAGCAUUAAUAAUCUCUUUCUGGCAAAACGAAGAGGUAUGAUAAUCACAUUAUUCGAACGAUCAAAUGCGAAAGUUUUUUGCCGAUCUCCUUUCAACCUCGGACAUCUCUUUCUCUCGUUUGUCGUUUUUCAAUUCCAUUUCUCCUCAGCAGUCGGACCUAACGGAGCAUUUAGCGAAAACCGAGGUAUCGAUGAUAAUUCGAUACCGAUGGGUGCCAUUGACUAUGGAUUUGAUAGUGAAGAACACGAUAUGAUAUGGUGUAAUGGAUAUUAUGGAAGUGGAUGUUAUAUUUUAUAUCAAUAUUUGUUUACGAACGCUGCAAUCGGUCGGGUUGGAAUUGUUGGGAAGUGGCUCUUAUUUUUACUGUGUAAAUCCGAGGAGGAAUCCUUCUCAAGUGUUAAUAAUACUGCCCCGGAUCCACAAUGAUUCCAAUUGUCGGGGCUUGUGGAGUGGGCACUAUUUGCGCUGGGUAUUUCCGAGGAGGAAUCGAUUCCCCCUUUGAGCGUUAAUAAUUCUUUUCCGGCGAAACGAAGUUGUAUGAUAAUCACUUUAUUCGAAAGAUGAAGUGUUCGACCGAAAACAUUUAUAUGCUUGUUACUUAUUUAUUGCUAAGUCAAUGUUAGUCCUACGUCCACCUUGCGGUUAUAUCAAAGUUAUAACCCAGUUCUAGUUUUUCAUUUGUUUCAGUGAAAACCAUCCGAAUACAACUUUUGAAUAUGAACUACGCGAAAAAAUGAAUGUUUGAAUUCGCCCUAAAAAUUACGAUUGAAAACUUCGCUUCAGUGUGAGAAUGAAACCAAUAAACGUGAACCGGAAGAAGAGUGCACGUAAAAAAAGAGAUAUUUUCAGCUGUUCAACUAUUCAACUGAGGAUAGUCAGGAGACUGUGAAGCCAUCGAAAUCAAAUUGGAAAUGAGUUUUGGCUUCUCCCAGCAGUUUCUCUGUCAACCUAAAUCAACAGUAAUUCGUGCGUUUCCGUUGCUAUCUUCUCUACGACACUCCAUCCUCAUUUCAUUCUCCACCGUCAAAUGGACUUCACGGCAUAAUGAAGUGACUCGCCUAGACUGAAUUCGAUUCUCUCUCUCAUGUAUCAUGUAGGCAUGUAUCGAUGUUUGGUUUGAUUUCGAUCAGGUUUUCGUUUCACUUUAUAUGGACGUUAAAAUAAGAUUGCGUACGCGGACAACGAGGUACAUGUUAGGGUGGAGUAGUAAUAGUGGAUUGGAGUCAGGUUGAAUGAAGAAGCCGAUUUGUAUCCAUUCGUCACGUCUUUUAGAAUAACCAUUCCCUAGAAUUAAAUUGACUAGAAAUGAAUUAACGAAAGUUAAGAGCAAGGAUGACUGAUGAACAAGUCAUGUUGACGGCGAUUGCAGAAGUAGUCCUACUCGAAGCGAAACGACUGAGAGGAGAGCGUACGACUCGGGAUUUGCCGGAACCUGGAUCUAGAUCUAGUUUCAAAGGACUGCUGCUGCUUUGCUGUUGCUGAAAAAUGGUAGGAGGUUGUGUCCAAGAUACGACCGCAUUGUUGACGUAGAACCACGCUGUUAUUUUAUAUAAGUCGCUUGUUUUUUUUUCUCUAUUAUAAUGACUUUCAACACAUUUCGGCUGAUUCGUCACUUCUACUUCCAUUUUUGGAAGAAUUUCGGGAGUGAGAAUUGAACUCGUGAUCUCUGCAUGAGAGGUAUGGAUGUUACCACUACGCCAGAUCGCCUCCUCGAAGUCGCUUGUUAAUAACUUCGGAUAUUAUUUUAUAAUGCUGUGAAAUUUUAAAAAUAACUGUUUAGUAGAAUGGUUUGAUCGCUCCGAAAUAUUGUUUGUUGUUGUAGAAUCAGCUGACGAUAAUUGAUUGAUGAUUCAUUCUUGCCCUCGUAGAACAACACACUAGCUGUUCGUAUGUCGCAAUUUGUUUCAUGUCAAUGCAUUGAAAAUUUACCUCGAACACUACUCCGGUGGCCUUUUUCGCAAUUGACAUAGACUCAGCUACAGUCGAUUAUAUACUUGUUGUACCAGCACCAUUAUUCCACAUCUCAUAACUACAUCAAUAUAACUUUGGCACCGCAUGGAAACAACAACAAUGACAAUACUUUCAAGUAUCAAAUAUCAUGCUAUUUAGUAUUGCCUCAGUGGAAUCGCACCUCUAGACAUCAUUCGUACAACGUAAACCAAGCGCCAUACAAGCGUUCGUCAUAGCAUGCAUACAGAGCCAUACAUUGGUGGCUUGAAGCUACUAGAAAUAUAAACACUUCUCAUCAUUUUGCGCUAUUCGCAAUAGAAACGCUUCUGGUAAUAUUACUGGUCUCAAAAAGUUCAUUACUUUUCCAUGCUCAAGAUAAGCACAGCUGUCAUCCUUAGUGGAGAAAGUUUUACUACUGGCAAGCGAAACCAAAUCACAUACAAAUUUUCAGAACGACAUUUACUUUCUUGGUGACUAAAUGAAUGAAAUAAACUUUUCCUCUUAAUCUCAACAACCUCGAAAAGAGUAGCAUUGCUUCAUUAUGAUCAAGAUUAGCGCAAAUGCAGUCAUAGUUGAAAGUAGUUUUGCGACUGACUCGCGAACCCCUAUAACUUAUAACAUUCCAGCACGACAUUCAAGUAUUCCCAAAUAAUUUUUAGGCGCACAAUCUGCUUCGCCAUACCGUCAGUUCAAUUCAUUGAAUGCAAUGUCAAAGGCGCCAACGAAGCCUUUAUGAUGACGGAACACAAACAAUGUAAACUGCUUGGAAAAAGAUUGAAUAUUUGCCUCAGCAGAGAUUCAUUACUAAUACCCUAACGCAAAUAUUUCCCUCCCGCACUAUUUUUACGUACGGGUUAUGAAACACGCACGUACGCACAUGAAUAUCCAUAUUUCGAUGGCUUGAAGCAACUAAAUAUACACACACUGGUGACCGGAAUAAAUCGCCACAGUAAACAACUGCAACAGAAACAACCGCUUAGAAAAAGUGUAGUAGGCUAGAAAUAUUUGGCGCGGGAAAAACAUCAUGUGCCUCACAUUUCUAUUAUAAAUUUAUUCUCUUGUUCUCGUUUUUCGAAAUUUAUUCUGAGGACAAUGUAAUGGGGACGAAGUCCCCAUUUGGCGAGGAUAAGGAAUCGAGGCGGCCCAUGCCGCCAAGAUGACGCAAUCCGAGUCCACCGCCGACCCGCCGUCGGAAGCGGCGGUGUCUCGCACGCAAACCUGGGAUCCACUGAUUGCCCGGUUAGUUUGAAACAUAGGAUACGAUCCUUUAGCAAUGUCCGACCGAGCUCUAGCGAGCGUCGGACGGUAUACGUCUGCCCGGGGCGUUACGUUUGCCUGGGGCGAUACGUUUGCCCGGUUAAUUCUUGUUUUGAAAUACAAUACCGCGCCACAAUAUUUAUAGCCUACUACACAUUUUAUAAGCGGUGGUUUCUGUUGCAGUCGUUUUCUGUGGCGAUUUAUUCCGGGAACCACACACACUUAUCUCCGUUUUGCGCUCGUUUCAACAGAAGCUCCUUAUGUUAAUAUUGCCGGUCUAGAUCAGCUUAGCCGCCAUCCGCCGUGACCUGUUUUCUGAUUUGGCACCCUUAAUGAAAGACGUAUUUCUACGUCAAAAACGCGGGCAUUUGCUCGUUGGACAGCUUUUGACUGCAGAGAAGUCCAUUCGUAACAAGCUUCCGCUGUUGCAACUGUCUCAACACUUGAAAGAUGAACUUUUCGGUAGGCAUUGGCACCGACUUUUGGCUGGUUUUAUUCGGCAUCUCGUAAUCGUCUUCAGUGGGUGAUAGAAGCUUGCGCUUCUUGUGUUUUUUGUUUUUCACUUGCUACGCAAAAACGACACAAAACUCACCGGCGUCGUCACUGUUACGGCACGGAGGUGGUUUUGAAAAGAUCACAUUGAGAGGAAACUAACGAAUUAUAGCGGGUUCUAUCCAGGACCUAAGUGGUGCGGACUCAAUCCACUUCAUUUCAAGCAAAUUCAUGCAUGUUUUCAAGCGAUUUCUUGCAAUAAAUUCUCAGACCACCAGGGAUGCCAGAUUUACAAAUAUGUUUGUAAAUUUACAGACAUCUGUAAAACACUUUUCAUUUUUGUUGUAGACUUUUUGGAUACAAAAAUAUUUCACAGGUUUUUGAAAAUAAGAGGCUUUAUUCAUCACAUCAAAGAUAUUCGACUCACCAUAUGACAUUUUUCCAUAGUUUUAAUACAGAAAAGUUAUUAUAUUUAGUUUAUAUCAAUACACAUGACGUUAGACCAGCGAUACUCAACCUGCGGCCCGGCAGUCUUUCUGGUUGGCCAAUCUGGUGUGUAUAAAGUUUGGAACUCGUACUUUUGCCAUGACAUCAUUGCAGACGAAAGAGAGGAUACGGUUAUUCACAAUUAAUGAAAAAUUGCAUUCUCUGCAGGAAAGGAAAAAUCUUGAAUGAAAAUUGUCUCUGAUAAUUAUUUUCUGUUCUAGAUAAGAUUGUUUUGCUGAAAUGCAAGGAGAUUUAUUGAAGAAUAGUUAAGUUAGGGUCAGGACUAUGUCUUCUAAGUAUUUAAACAACAUCGAAUAUAAAUUUUCAUUCUAUUUUCAACAACUUACAUUCGCUUUCGGGUCUGCUUAUGACGAAAUAUGGGUUACUGUUCGAUAUUGUUACCACAGACAUGGUUCAUGACCGUGUGGUGAUAUAAAACUUGUAUAGCCUUGCAUGGCGAAUGGAAAAUAUUCACUGCAUUUUCUUAUAAAUUUCAUCAACGACAAGACCGCAAGCCUUGGUGGAUGUCCAAUAUAUCAACGAAGAAAUACUGAUUUUUAUAAAAAUUAACAACGCGUAUACAUGUGUAUGUAUGUAUGUGUAGAUUGUUGAAACAUUUAAACACACUUACAACACAUAAGUUAUUAAGUGGCCCGAAAAAUCAAUUUUUUCCACUUAUUCCCAAAAAUGACAAAUGAAAAUUAAUAACUUUUGAAUCACUGAUUUAGAAGAUCGACAUAUAAAAUUGAACUAAUGACCUAGCCUUUUAGUGAAAAAUAUUUAACUUGCGAAAAAAAUGAUUAUGUUUUAGUAAUUAUUGAUUGUAGUCGUAUUUUUAUUUUUUUAUGACUUUGGAUUAGAGGGCGCCAUAUUUUUUUAUAUUUUUUCUUGAAAGCUGAGAAUUUUUUACAUAACAUAUAUCGAUAUCAGAGAUGCUAUUUUUUUCGUUUUUUUGAUAUGAUUUUUCAAAGUUAACCGGUGGUUCGAAAAAUCAUUUUUCCCCCUUUGUCCAAAAAUAACAUUCUGCAAAAAAUCAUAACAUUUUAACUACUGAACCGAUUUAGAUGAUCGAUAUAUUAAAUGGAAGCCAAUAAGCAAAAUUUGAAAAAAUAUCACACUUGCGGGAAGUUUGGAUUCUAGAAGCAUAGGUCUAGUUCAGUCACAUAUGAAUAUUGAUCGAAGACUUAAAACAUGUUAAAUUUACAAAGUUAUAACUUAAAAAUGAGAAUUAUAGCAUCUCUGAUAUCGAGAUAUGUUAGGUAAAUAAUCCUCAGCUUUCCAUGAAAAAUAUAAAAAAUUAUAGCGCUCCUAUCUUUAACCGAGAAAACUAUGAAAAACUAACUGAAUCAAUAAUUACAAAAAUGAAAAAUUCAAUUUUUUCGCAAAAGUAAAAUUUUUCCAUAGAAAAAUAACUCGUAAGCUUCAAUUUGAUAUGUCGAUGAUAGGAAUCGGUCCAAUAGUUCAAAAGUUAUGACUUUUUGUAGUGGGAAAAAUGGGGAAAAAUUGUUUUCGAACCAUCGAUUAGUUCUGAAAAAUCAUAUUUCAAAAACGAAAAAAAAGCAUCUUUGAUAUCGAGAUAUUUUAUGUCAAAAUUCUCAGCUUUCAAUUAAAAAUAUAGAAAAAAAAGCGCCCCCUAGUCCAAAGCCAUGAAUACAUUGAAAAACGACUACAAUCAAUAAUUGCGAAAAUAGGAUCCAUAUUACCUGCAAUUUCAAUAUUUCUCAAUUAAAGCUCAUUGGCUUGAAUUUGAUAUGUCGAUCAUCUAAAUCGGUUAAGUGGUUCGAAAGUUAUAAAUUUUUGAAAAAGUGGAAAAAAUAAUUUUUUGGAUCACCCUAAAAUGGAAAUGGGCACCCUAAUGAAAAAAUAAAAAAACACGAGUUUAAUGUUUUGCGAUAAAGAACAAAAUUACCACUUUUGACGAAGAUCUGAGAAUCACUAUAUUGGUUUGGCAUGGAAUGGCUGUAUAUAUAUACAAAAUACAAUCUUACGUGCAUCGCGAUGUACAAAGUAUUAAUGAAUAUGUGAAAAUUAACGUUAAAAAACAUUUCUAUAGAUCUGUACACUUUUACAGACUUUUCCACAUUUUUAACAGACAUUCACAUGUUUUUACAGACUUUUUUCAAAAAUCAUCUGGCAUCUCUUCCUUCCACUUUUUAUCGAAUAUUUUCAAAUCGCAGGAGUAAACAUUUACGUGACUCUGACUUCGUUUGUUUUUAUUUCGUUCGGAAAAAACGUUAUGUCAAACGGAGGGGGGGAGAUUAAAAAUGCGUUGCUCAGUGAAAGGUUGAGAUGCUCUUUCAGAGAUGCAAUGGUUAAUUAAACAAUUGACGGAAAAAUGUAGCUCGUUCAUUUUAUAAUUCUAAUUAUUUUUGCCCUUGACAACAAUACCUCUUUUAUAGUGUUGAUUAUCAUAAGAAAAAUAACACUCCUGAUCGUUGGAUCUCUUUUGACAUUUCAAUUGGAUCUUUUUUGACAGCCGUGUUGAUUCAGUCCGCACUACCUAGUCCAGGACACGUCCGCAUUGUUGACGAAGGACUAUGAAAUUAUUGUAUUCAUUCGUUUGUUCAUCUCUUCGGAUAUUAUUUUAAAAUGCAUCGAAAUUUUAGAAAUAUUUUUAAGAAGAGUUAGGUGGUCAUGAAAAAAGUGAAUGGUUUGCGUGAUUUCGUAGAUACAGUUGUGGACGAUUGAUUGAUGAUUCGUUCUUGUCCUCGCGAGAACAAUACAUAAGCGUGCCAAAUGUCGCCAAUUGUUUCAUUUCGUCAAUGCACGUACUGCACUGAGUGUUCAUCGCGAAUGUUCUUCUUCUUCGUCGAAAUCUACGUGCGACUGAUUCGCAGUAUAUAAAAAUUGAGUCUGACCGCUACGUUAGUUGCUCGUUAUUGAUAGUACGGUUAGGUUAGCACAUAAAUGCACAGAACGAAUGUAUGAGAAUACCCCAUCAAUUUUCGGUCUUAGGGAAUUUUCGUUUCUAUUGGUAAAAUUACAAAAAUCCGUUUGCAUGAAAAAUAUUUAUCAACUUGAAAACUAUUUCAUGAAAGCGUGACAUGUUUUUUUAAUAUGGUACCCUUACUAAAAUAUACCAAAAACGCGAUCGUAACGAACAAGAACAUAGCAUAGAUACCUUAUUUUACGUUGUUACAAAAUCAUAUAUCAACAGCUCAACAACAACUGACGCAUUAUGUGAGAUUCACAUAGAACGUUACGGAAAAGAACGUCCACGUUCCGUCAACGUCUCUAUCAACUCACACAUGCAGUCUACGCUUGCAUCGGCACUGUCGCGUCAAAUGUCAAAUGAAUGAUUUAUUUAAUAUUAUUCAUAGUGUCGACACCUAAAACAGUUUCACAUUGCAAUGUCUUCUUCCGAAUUAGCAUGCCUAGAAUCAGUUCUCAAUUUUUGAAACAUCAAUGAAAAUCAUUGAAUUAUAUUAUUUGAAUGCUUUGAGCCUGUAGUCCCGACCAGUGUUGCCACAUUUAAAUCUGUACCAGAGGGGCCAAAAAUCAUUCUCAUCUGUACUUUUUUUUUCCAAAAAUCUGUACCAUCGAAAAUAUUCGUUGUGGUGGAUCACACCAUUGAGGAAUAUGGCGGAUCCUUCGGCUAAAGGAGGCCAGGAUUAUAGCUCAGGAUUUGGGAUGUGGCUUGCACUGGAGAAUUAAAUAACACUUUGGAUAACUACUAAACACGGGAUUCAUUGUCGUGAUCUUUCACUCUUGGUAGUUGGAUUUGGAAUGGUAAAAAUAUUGGUAGGGAACUUCCCUAUGCACGUAUUUGGUUGUAUACGUUCGCGUCGGGUUAUUGUGCUGAUUGUGGAUGUGUCAAAUACCAAACACUGCAUUUAGAAUGGGAGGAAUAGAUUUGGAUGGGAAUAAGGAUAGGGUUGGGAAAGGGAAGUGACUUUAUUGGAUUACUGCUUCUCUUUCGCGCUAUCGGUCGCGAACACGUUGUAGAAAAAAAUCUGUUUUAUUAGCAUGAAAAAAUACUCAUUUAGUUACUACAAAUACUACAUUUACAUUUGCAAGUCAUUCUUGUGUUUGAUGAUGCUUAUACAUCGCUUUUCUGAAUCUAGACUGCAUACUAUCAUUUACAAAAAGUUGAUGGGUCUGAGCCUAGGGGCACGGACGGGAUCUUGACAUAGAACUAUGAUUGUGGGUAGUGAUUGCAUUUGAAUUAAGUUUUUUCAUUGUUCAAAAUAUGUAUUUUUUCUCUUUCCAUACAUCAAAUGGAAGCCCUGAAAAAUAUACCUUUCGAACUUUCAGAUCAACAGCCAGUUGAAUUCAUUAAUUGCAUUUUUUACAUAACCAAACGACAUACUCGAUAUUUUGACAUCCUGGACCACAAUUACAUAAAUUGUAGCAAAACCUACACGAUCAAUUGUGAAUUGAGCACGAAUUGAUUGGACAACAACUGCAAUCUAAUAAAAUCUCUAUCAAUGUUUAACCUCGUCAAAUCUUUGGGGAUAAUAAAAUGAAACCAUCUAAUAUCAUCUUCAAGAUCAUUCCUAGAUCAUCUCUCCAUUGAUUCUACUAACUGAUAAAUGCCUUCUUCUUCUUCUUCAAUGGCACUAACGUUCCUAGAGGAACUUCGCCGUCUCAACGUAGUAUUACUUGCGUCAUUUUUUAUUAGUACUUAGUUGAGAUUUCUAUGCCAAAUAACACGCCUUGAAUGCAUUCUGAGUGGCAAGCUCUAGAAUACGCGUGAUCACAGUGCAAGUCGGAGGAAAUUUCUUUGACGAAAAAUUCCCCCGACCAGAACGGGAAUCGAACCCGAACACCCGGCAUGUUAGUUAUGACGCUAACCACUCGGCCACGGGAGCACCAACUGAUAAAUGCCUAUUAUCGGCAAAUCGAGAAUAAUUCAUAAUAUGCAUUGUGAGCUAACGCCAAAUUGUAGGCAAAAAGAUUGCUCGUUGCGUUGUGGAGGAAAACGAGUGCCUAGUAAAAUCUAAAUAAUAUACCCAUUUUAAACAUCAAAUUGUUAACUUUUUUACUAUCUUCAUUGUUUUUGUCUUAACAAAAAAAAUGCUGGAUAAAUUACCUGUGUAAUGGUACACAACGCAACAUAUGUCGCAAUAAUGAUUUUGAGUAAUAUGCGUUCGAAAACUCUUAAUGAAUCGUUACAUUUUUCGUAGAGUUUCCCCCCUAUAUAGAAAUCAAAGACAUAGUCCUAUGUCAAUAUUUUCGUGCUGCCGCCACGGUGUUUGAUCAAAUCUUUUGAUCUCAAAAUAGCGUUCAGCGUAUCGCUGCUGAGCCGACUUUGAAGAUUUUUUUUUGUUCUGAUAAUAUUCAGAAAAAUAAUUCGCUCGACAGUUGCCGAGGAGUGAGGUUUAGUGAGAACAUUACAAACAUUUGUGCACCAAUCCUACACACGUUCGUCUUAUGAAACUGUGAUUUCCUUACGGAGUAAUUUUACAUUUACGAUACGGAAUUCAUUCUCCAGAUCUUGUAUAUUCCCAUCGUAGAACCGUGGAAACGCUUGAAACACAUUUUCCCUGAAUUACCUCGAAUUCUUUUUUGGGUUAUUGGAUAUAUAGGUAUAUAUGUCCCUCAAAAAUGUUCAAGAUAGUCAGGGAUUUUCUCUCAUGCAUAACUAGCACACAAAACCAGUGAAUGACAUGUACAUUUGACGACUACUCGAUCUGGACAAUCGAUUUCUAUCAAGCGCAUUAUGGAAUUCGAUUCCUCCAUCAUCACGGUCGCACCGUCCGAUGGUGCCAAUGAACCAAUACCGAACACAAUUAUCAUUUUUUUCUCACCAGUAAAAACAUGUUACUUUAGUAUAGAGAAAACAUAUUUGAAAUGGAAAAGGUAAUUUUCAUUUAUAAUUUUUACUUUAUGAGUAUUUAUUCAACCCAAUGCGAAUUAUAAAUGGACUAACAACACGUAAUACUACACGUAGAGCAUAUGGGAAAUCACUUUUUCAAAUAUUUCUUCACUUUUCCAAUUUUUCUCGCCGUAUAAACCUUCAUUGGGUGAAAAUGAACACAACAAAACAGACAGCUUAAACCAAACGACCCGUUCUCGAGCGGGAACACACCUUGGUUUUUAUUUAUGAAAAUAGAAAUAAAUCGUUUCAUAAAUCAAGUCAAUUUGAACACAACUGCUACCAUAUACAAUUUCACUCUUACACUUGUACUACAUUUUUCACAAUACACGAACGGUCAUUGAUGUGAAAUUUCAGCAAGCAGCGAUCAUUAAAGCUCCAAAUUUAAAUUUUAUUUACUAGAAUUAAUCGUAUCACUCACCUUACUUGCAAUACAAAAAUGCCCCCGAUUUGCAUAUAUUUGCAAUGCCGAUUUCCCACAGGCAGCUUGGUUUUGAUGUCUCUGUUAGGGACCCGCCGCAUGUGUCAUCAAUUUCGACCAAUCAGAAGUGGGUAUUUCAGUUAGGAUAGGGGUUGAGAUUUUUCAAUUAUUCGAUCGUUAGUUUCAUGACAUAUAUUAUUUUCUUCAAUGUAAAAAAUUGUUAUGGAGUGCCGAAAUCGAUUGACGCAAAAAUUUUAUCAAUCCACCAUGAAAUGACUGAGCAAUAAGCGUUUGAAAUUGGACAAUUUUCACGAUGUACUCGAUUUUCGAUUUUCAAUUUGUACCCCAAUAUGUUCCCGAAAGACGUAAUCCUACGUCAAAACCCAACGAGUCAUCCGUCUCCGUCAAUUAUUCUUCCUUACAAAUCCUGCCUGGUCUGACGUGGCAGGACGUGGAGACGUGGAGAAUAAUUGACGUAACGCGACGUGACGUGAUGUGAACGUAACGUAGAUGUUGUAUGUGAAUCACACUUUGGCUUUUGACGUCUAUCGCUGAAGAGCCCAGUAAGAAAGCGAUGAGGCCUGUUAUGUUCUAAAACAGUGCUCCCAACAUUUCUGUUUAGGUACUAUAACAAAUUCUAUUGGUGAGUGGUGAGUGGAUGUAAGCAAAUUAUCAUCCAGAAUUCUGAUGAGGAUUAGGUAGACAUAAGGUCCAUAAAUCUGCAAUGUUCAAAAUUUAAAACCAUCAUUAUUUUUCUAGUAAAAAAAUAGCUUUUUAAGUAACUUAAAAAGCUUUCUUUCGCAACAUUAUUUGUUUUUUUUUGCCGUUUUUUACAAUUUUCUUAUGAUCUAAAUAAUAAAUUCAUUUUGUCCUUGCCUGUACAAUGAAAUGGAAUGAUCAACUAUAAAAUCAAGAGAUGCUACAAAGUAGUGAUAGUUUUGAAAAUAAUUAUUCUGUAGCAUCUGUCGUCAAGAAAGACACAAUCAAUGCUUCCGCAAUUGGUUUGCACAGAAACAACACGUUUAUCCUUCCCGAGAAGCUGCCGUUUGGUUGAACUUUUCAGCGCACAUGCAACGAUUAUUCGAUAAAGGUUGGUCUGUAAAGAGCUCCUAGAGUACGGAGAACAAGACAAUUCAUGGAAUGCAUAUUGAACUUUAUAUUUCUUUAUGUUUGCCAAGUAUGACAAGUGCAUAUUAGAUAGGCUUAUAUUUUGUGUACAAGAAAAAAAAAGAAGACGAUCUCAAUUCCGGAUUGAUCCACACCAAACAUCAAAAUAAAUAAAAUCACACAAGAAACACAAGAAACACAAGUUUUUCUAUAAAGAUAAGUGUUACACAAAUAAUUGAUAAAAGUAAUCUUUUACUCACUAACAAACACAGACAAAUUCAACCGUGGAGACUUUUUAUCUAGAUGUGAGCAACUAUUUUCGAAACGAUACUUUAUCAAGAAUAUUCAUAUUAUCGAGGUAAAUAAACUAUAAGCUUCCUAUUUUAAUAACAUUCCAUUGAAAAAACUAUCAGCAGCAGAAACAAAACGUUAUACAACGCAAAACAAACUGUAAAUAGUUCUCUCGCAAAAUAGGCACAAAAAACACAUGAUUAUAAAUUCCAAAAGUUCAUCUCGUAUCGUAAAACAUAGAAAUAAACUUUUAAAUCUAUUACAAACUA